AUGGCCUUUCGUUCUUUGCUCCUUGUUUUCUUAGCUGGACUGGUGUUUUUCUCUGAAGCUGCGCCAUUGGGCUCUCAUGAUUCCAAGCACCCUCUUAUUGUGAAAAUUCUAGAUGCAGUCAGAGGAAGUGCAGCUUCCAGUGUACCAAUUAAAUUAUAUAAAAAGGCUGAUGAUGGGACCUGGCAGCUCUUAAGUUCAGGAAAAACCAAUGAAUAUGGUGAGAUCCAUGAGCUUACAACCGAGAAACAAUUUGUAACAGGGUUAUACAGGAUUGAGUUUGACACAGUCACUUACUGGAAGGGACUUGGCCUUAACCCAUUCCAUGAACAUGCUGAUGUGGAAUUCACUGCUAACGAUUCUGGUCAUCGUCAUUAUACUAUUGCUGUUCUCAUCAGUCCCUUUUCCUACUCAACUACAGCUGUAGUUAGUGAACCAAAGGAAUUAGGAACUACACAUUAA